UGUGCAGUCUUCAGUGCUCGGGAGUACCCCCCCCCCCCCCCCCCGGAUUGGGGUAAUAGUAGUGCCCCGGGUGCAUCCUGAUGUGAAGCUAGGAGGACCCCAUUGCCAUUUAGAGGGGGGGAAGGAGGUGGGAGGAUUUGGGAUUAUUUCUUACCUCCCAGAUGCGUUCGCUGCUGGACAGUAAGAAGAAGAGCGGCGGCGCGGGGCUGGAUGUUGCUUUGGGGCUGGUUCCCCAGCGGCAGCAGCCCAGGAUGUUCGGCUGCGUGUCCUGCUUCUGGGUGCUGCUCUCCGCCUGCCUGGUGGCCGUCUGCAGCUUCGGCUUCCUCUCCCCGUCUUGGAUAGUGAAGCCCGGAGACGAGGAGCAGCAGGAGCCGGUCAGCUUCGGGCUCUUGUGGCACUGCUCCGACCGCCUGGAGCACAUGUCCGGCUGCUACAGCUUCGGGGGACUGGGCAGGUUCAACGACAUCCCCUCCAGCUCUUGGCAGACAAGCGCUGUGCUCUGCUGCGGAGGUUGCGCUCUCCUGGUUAUAAGCUGUCUGCUUGCCAUCGUGACCUUGUUUCUUCCCAGGGGCUUGUGUGAAAGACGGCUAUGUACGCUCGCAGGAUACAUGCAGACAGCAGCAGUGUUCAUCAUGGCAUCGGGACUCUUGGUCUAUCCCUUCGGCCUCAACUCAGCUGCUGUGAAAAAGUACUGUGAGAGCUCAAGUAUAUACUAUGCAGGAGACUGUCAGAUUGGAUGGGGCUACAUGCUUGCAAUUGUCGGGGUCAUGUUAUCUGUGUUUUUGCCAUUCUUUGCUAAAUAUGCACCAAAAGAACACAUAUCCCCAACCCCGAUUCCUACUAUUUUAUAGUAUUUUAUUUUUGAAAACAAAAACAAAGUUCCUGUCUACAGAUGAUGGAUAGACAAAGGUAUUAGAGCACUUCUCUGCCGCUGUGCAGCUUAACAUAUAGAUUCAACUGAUGCAUUGAUCGUCUUCCUGAAGCAUGACAAAAUAUUAGCUUGGGAUUUAAGUAGCAUUACUUUACACUGAUUUUCUUAGUUUUCCCACUGCUUCCCUCUCUCUUAUUGUAUGCUAUUCACUUUUAUCAUGGAUACCUCCCAAUUCUUGUCCAGUGAUCACAAAUUCUGUGCUGGAAGCCAGAUAUCAGACGCCAUGUAACUAUAAUUUGCUGUAUUACACAUUAGAGACUGUCGAUAUUGCCCAUAACAGCCAACACUGGAAACACAAAAUGCUAUGGGCAAUAGGGCCACUAUUUCAUAGAAACAUACAAGCAUGACAGCAGAAAAAAAAGCCACAUGGACCACCUAGUUGGCCUUUAGGGUGCUUUCCCUUGAGGUUUUUUUUUUUAUUUCCUAGAGGGAAUCCGUUUUUUACAUAAACUGGAUCCAUUCCUAAAAAGGUAUGCAAACUAAUGUCAAUUUUUAUAAAGGUUCGUUUUUCCAUUUUUACCUAGAAAGACAACAAAUAUGUCAGAAAGGUGGAGUUUGGAUAAUGUGACUUGAGACUGGUUGAAUUUUGUGGGCGUCAGGGGGAAGCUUUUGUUUCCCGUUAAACGGAUGAAAAAAUAAAUAUUAUUGUAUAAAAUCUGUUUAAUGGAUCAUCCGAUUAUUUCGAAUUGAUUUUCUGCUGGAUUGCAUCAGAAAACAGCACAUCAUUUAUUUAUUUUUUGUUUGUUUUUUGCUGGAUGGAAUAUUACAGACAUCUGUGCUUUCCCAUACAGUUAAAAAAUGGACAGGAAUACAAAAUGAAAACAUGAAAACAGACAAAAUGUAUGUACUCUAGACAUUAUUUUUUCUAUAGAAGCAUAUGUAUCUGUUAAACACAUCCAUUUUUCUAAUGUAAGUAAAAAUAGAUACAUUUAACAGAAAAAAAACUUGGUGUGAAAGAGGCCUUAUAUUAUUUCUUUUUUCAUUUUUCUUAGGAUAG